AAACUAGAUUAUAAAAGGGCGGGUAUAUGUUUUGUUUUAUAUUUUUUAAAAGUUUGAUUUUAAUAUUAAUGUUUUUUUUGUAAUAAUCAUAUUUAUGUUUUUCUUUAUAAUAAUAUUUGUGUAAAAUAUUUUUUUAAUUAUUCGUAAGAGGUUUUGGCAAUUGCAUUGAAUUUGUGAUGUUGCAUUACUAUACACUUGUACCAUAGCGAUUUCACACAUUAAUUUUACACUUUAUUCCUAAACAGUUAUUAAUUUUUUAAAUAACAAAGUAUAGUUAUAAUUUUAUUUAGUAAUCAAAUAAUAAUCUAGAUUUUGACCCACGCUUUAAAAACGCGGAUAUGUUUUGACUGAUUAUUUUGACAAAACUUGAAUAGUGUUAAUUAUUUUUAUAGGAUACAACAUGAUUAUUUGAAACAUUAAAAUUUUGAAGUUUUGCAAAAUCAGGACAUGAAUUUGUUUACAAAUUUUUAUGUUUUUUAAAUAUGUUAAAUAUUUUUGGUAAUGAUAAAUUUUGUACAUGUGGAAGACUUUAUAUUUUGCUAAACAGGUUAAAUAUGAUAUCAUAUCUUGUAUAUCAUUUUUGUAUGAACAUAAAAAGUUGAUAGUUUUUGUGCAUAAAAAAUAAAUUUGAACACAAUGAUAUAAAACAAUAGCAGUGUUUUGAAAACUGAACUGGCCGGACCGGCCAGACUGUGACUUGCACUUCUAACCGGUUCCGGAUUGUGCUAGAAUCGAAUUUGAGUUAAACCGAUAAAUCUGGUAAAAAACGGUUAAAAACCAUGAAAUUUGCUAAAACCGAUGAUCCAGUUUGAUAUUAAAACAUGGUUUUAUGAAAUUUCAAGUAAAAAAAUUCAAUUUUUUAAAAAUAAAUCAUAAAAAUAAUAUUAUUUUAAUAUCUAUAUGGACUAACUUAUUUUUUUAACAAUUUUAAGAAUUAUUUUUGUGGCUACGAAAACAUAUUGUAAUGCUCCAGAAUUAAUAUAUAGGAGAUUACAUAGCUCACUAAUUCUUCAAGUUAUUCAGCAGCUAUAUUACGUUAGAUUCUUCUGUUACGAAGAAUUUUUAAUUACUUACUCAUAUUCCAUAAUUUCGUACAGCCAAAUUCAGCUGAUACUAUUUAGAUCUAUGUAUUUUUAUUCGAGUGGCUUUGAAUAAUUCAAAAAGGUAUAUCAAUAUUGGGAUAAUACCCAAAGGUCCACGUAAAGCCGUCAGCAAUUUUAAAUAGUUUGUAAAACGACAGAAGAAAGUAUAAAAUAAUUAUAAAAAUUUAUAAAAAUGAAAAUCGUGGUCAUUAAGAAAUCAUUCAUCGUCGACAAAAAGAAAUCAUUCAUCAAAACCAUCAAUAAUCUUUGAGUUUUUUCUUCUUCGAGAACGCGAUGAACGACCGCAAAACGCUACUCCAAAGAGAAAUAGAAGAAGAGAAUCGGGCAAGGAAUCAGAUCACCGUUUCGCCUACAAAGUCUCAAAUCGUAGUCACAGACGCAAACGCAGCUUCAACUGGUCCGUCAGAAGUCGCUUUUAACGUUUGCUGCUUAUGUGUAUAUUGUCCUCUUUGCGUUCUGUGGUGCUGCAUCAAGCAGCCUUGUACAAUCGGAUGGCGAGCCAUCCUAAAGGCUAGAGGCCAGUUAAGCCGCUGCACCAGCUGUGGCAGAAGCUAUAGUAGGAAGGUUAAAGCCGCAGAUUAUUCAUCGUUUUCGGAUAUUGAUUCAGAUGAUGUGAAUUGCAAAGCACAUAAUUGCUCAAAACGAAACGGCCGAUUAUAAGAAUUUUUUGUUGACUUUCAUAUAUUCACAAACUUUCCUCAUGCUCUCUUUUCUAAUCUGCGACUUUAAUCAUCAUUAACGCAGACGCAAACGCUAGAGUUGACUUCUUAAUGAUGAGUUAAUGGAAAGUCUUGCGAUUAAAGUCUAUACUAUUAUGAUAAUAUGGAGUUCAAAAGUUUUGUUGUGAUAUACCAAAUAUGUAUUAGUAUAUAUUAUUACUGUGUGAGGGAUAAAGUUAUCUUCAAGGAAUAAAGUUGUGUUUGUUUUGCUCAAAAAAAAAACAAAAAAGUUGUGUUUGGUUUGCUCAAAAAAAACAAAAGUUGUGUUUGAUUAA